CGGAGCGAACGGCACGCGUUGUUUCUGUUGACCACAGGAAUAUCUCGUUUCUUGUCUCUUACCUUUCGACGUCUGUUAUAAUCGACUCUUUUCGAUUAAUGUCACAUAGUUCCUUUUAAUGCUCCAAACCGGUUGUGUUUCUUGUUUUUCUAGUCGAAAUGUAAUUCAUUGGGUUGAUAAGUGUUGGUGGACAUCCUCACCGUUGUUUCAGGACUGGACCUCACAUUUACGUAAAUGUUUUGGAUGAAUAAAACGUUACGUGAAUGUUUAGGAUGAACGAAAAGUUUGAUUUUGGACUUCAGAAAACGUUUCCCGCACUAACGCUGAUGGACGACACAACUUAAACACUUCUGUGUGCUUAAUGACUGAGUUAUUUGUUCAGGGUGGAUGAUCAGUGUCUCAUCGGGAGUCAAAAUACAACUUCAAGUCCUUGAUAGAAAUGCUAAUGCUGCGGUUAAUGGAGAAACAUUUCUAAAAAAAUCACCCGCAGUGGACCUGGCGCCCCGCAUCAGUCUGCAUGCACUUCAAAACCUCCAACUUCACCACAUCCACAAUCAUAACAUUGUUUGAAAUUCACCUCGAAUCAGAUUCAUACAUUGAGCAUAUGGCAGUGCCUUCUCAAAUCUGACAAUACUUGGAGUUGGGACUUUCAUUUUAGGUCAUUGCUUGCUUUGAAUGGAACAAAGGAGGUUGAUGUUUCUGAAUCUGAUUUCUUCCACAAACAUUCAGAGAUUUGAGCUCCGGGUGUUUCAGAUGUGGAUGUUGCGGUCGCAGCACCUCCUCAAGCGCUGAGGGAUCUAGUGAAGUUCAGCCCUCCACUAGUCUUUUGUCUCUAUUAGGUCCCAUUCAUUUGUCUUAUAAGAGGAACAUGGGAAUCCAGACGAGGGGAGCCUGGGUGGCCAUGGCGUUCUCGGACUGGGUCAGUGCUUUGGGAUUUCUAUUAAUCUUCCUGAUGGAGAGUUUAGCAGUGGAUGCAACCAACAUGGAGCCAGUCUACUGGAACACUUUGAAUAGAAGGUUUGGAGAUGAGCGAGGCUACAUUCUCUACCCUCAGAUAGGAGAUCGUCUAGACCUCGUGUGUCCUGCCACAAGUCCCGCGGGGCCGAACUCUCCUCCUGAGUAUGAGUUUUAUAAACUGUACCUGGUGUCCACACGAGAGCAGGCCGACAGGUGUGAGGUGAUGGGGGCUCCAAAUCUGCUGCUCACUUGCGACAAACCCAACAGCGAUAUGAGGUUUACCAUCAAGUUCCAGGAGUAUUCGCCCAAUCUGUGGGGUCACGAGUUCAAGAACUUACGAGACUACUACAUUAUUGCUACCUCUGAUGGCACCAAAGAAGGUAUCGACAGCAUGAGAGGAGGCGUUUGUGUGACGCGAGGGAUGAAGCUGGUGCUCAAAGUGGGACAGACUGCAUAUGGCCUUCCCCCAAAGCCCAAACCUGAUCCAGGGCGACCCAACAGCAAAAUCCCAGAUACUGAAAGUGGCUCUAAAGGGGGUGAAGCCAGUGAAAGUGGCGCCGUGUCUGCGUCUAACAUUGCCCUGAUCUCCGGCGGUGCAGGGGGAGCCUUCAUCCUACUGAUUGCCAUUGUGAUCGCUGUGGUUUGCUACAGACGUCGGAAAGCCAAGCACUCUGAAACGCACCAUCCUGCCCUCACACUCUCCUCUCUUACCCCAAAGAGGGGCAGCUCUGGUGGGACGGCGACGGGGAGCAGUGGGGGCAACAAUAAUGGCUCAGAACCCAGUGACAUCAUAAUUCCCUUGCGGACCUCUGAUUCAGCCUACUGCCCCCAUUAUGAAAAAGUCAGCGGCGAUUAUGGACAUCCUGUCUACAUAGUUCAAGAGAUGCCCCCUCAGAGCCCUGCCAAUAUUUACUAUAAAGUAUGAGAUCAACAAACACAGAAAACACAUGCUGACUCUAUAGUACCUCACACACGCACUGUGUGUCCGAGCGACUCUAUAUGUUAGAGCCUGUUACUAGAACUUGAACCUAAAGUUAAGCUGAUGGUACUUUCUAGAAAAGCGGGAAAUCCUGCUUUUUAUGUCAUAGCAGUGUGUGUGCGCUUAUUUACACGUGUGUCUUUGUGUGCGACAUGAGGCGAAGUUUGGACUACCGAUUUCACAUGUGCUCCGGCGCUAGUGAAUGUAUGUCACACACCAGUUCAAGACGAGUUUAUACGUCCAUUCUGAUGGUUGGAAUUAUUGUGCUUAACCUCAAAACCAAACAGUAGAGAAUGAGAUUUUUAAGUGAAAAAAAACUGUAUAAAUAAUAGAAGUACUUCAUACGUUUUAUACUUCAGGGGGAGAUUCACUAAAGGCACGUUUACAUGAAAUCAGAACUGAAAACAUCAUGAAUACUUGACAGCCAUAACAACUAUGGUGGACUACAGGACCAUAUUUUCGCAGACAUAUAGUGUGUCUUUACAAAGUUGCCACCUACUGGCCUGGCUGAUGUAGUACAACUUUGAUUUAGCCAUUUUCCCAGAUCAAAAAAUGAGGAUCAUUUGACACUUCUUCAAAAAAGUGCAAAGGAAAAACAAAUUUGUUUUUAGUACAUUGCUCUCAUGUAAACAAACUCUAAUUGUGCUAGCUGUUUGCGUUGUUUAUUUGCACUGUGUGGGUUAUUUUACCACCACCACAUUUACUAAAGGAAAUCUGGCAACUAUAGAAGUACAUUCAGAAAAAAAUCGAUUUUAGGCUGCAUUGUGGCUUAGCAGAAUCAGCUAAAGUAAAGAACUGUACUCUAAUGCAACCUUUUUAUCAUCGUGAACCGGUCAAUGCUUGACAAUUUUACUGCAGACUGGGGGUUCGUAGGUUGCUAGGUGACCAUUAACCGUUUUCUCAGAGGAUGACAAGCUGGCAAAACAAUGCUGUCACUCUGAUACAAGUUUUAUUUAUGGAGAUAAAUUACAAAGCACUGCAGUGUUUGGGUGUUCUGUGUUUUCCAUACAAAGUAUGAAGCUGAUUGCUCAGUUCUUGUCACGUGGUUGCAGCAUUCAUUUAACUGGGGGCGUCUGGAAGACGAAAGUGCGUCACACUGCUUGCACGCACAAGCCGCACACCUCAAUUGGAAAUAACGAACUUGCAAAAACUCUAGAAAAGACACGAUAUGCGAACGUCAUUUGCGAUCUCCAUCAGUUGAUCUUCUUGCACAGACAUGCUGAAUUCACCUCAUUUGUUGACACCUGGGUUGCGAAUCCAUUCCUUGACAGUUCGUGGGUCCUUCACUGGGCCUUUUCCCCAAAGACAUCUGUUUCUUACUCAUUUUGCUACUUGUGGUUUAAAUUUGGCUGCUCAAGUGACCGAGAUGUAAGCGAGAGAAUACGGUCAUUUUUCAAAAUAAAAGACUUUUCAAAAUAAGAGAUCAUUCAGACUCGGAUGAUAAAUAAAACGGUAGUAAUUAAUGAUCUCUUGUGCGGCCGGUAGAUGAGGACUACUGCUCUAAAGAAUCACUUAGAACUAUACAAGAGUAUCCAAACGCUUUAAAAUGCUUUUGAAAUCAGUUGUAUCUGCAAAUGAUCCAGUUUCUCCAUCAGUUAAUCAUCAUUUCCGCUGCCAUCAAAUUGCCGCUGCCAUUAUCUUUUAAAUUUGCAAUUUUGGUUAGUGUCUUCUAAUGCUAGGUUCACACCAAACCCGACAUAAAUUCACCUCUGUUUGCACAUUUGCAUUGACUUUGUAUGCAAUCUACUCGUGUGAAUGCUUACUUUUGGUGUGAACUAGGCAUAAUGCGAUCAAGACAAGACCAUGGAAUUAAGAUUCCCCUGUCCUUUGGAAUGAUCCAACAUUUUUGCCAUCGUCAACUGGAUCCAGUGAAGAAUGUUUUGUUUUUCUAUAAUACGGCAGAUUUGCUUUAAAAGAACAUUUGCACUGCAAUGUACAUUUUUAAAAACAUUUUAGCACAAAUUGUGCGUUUGUUAAGCUGAAUUGUUUGUGGUUUGUCAAUGAGACACAGAGUGUACCACACGCAAAACUAGCUGAAGCGUUUAGUGAAUUCUCCCCUCUUUGUUUUGUUUUUCUCAUUUCACCCGACUGUAAAUGUUUGUCUUUUCUGGACUCGGACCUCCAUCUGAUUUAUUUAUUGUGCAUCAAAGAAACAGUUUUUCAUUCCUUCCACUUCAUCAGCUUCCUAUCCCAACUCCUCACUACCCGCUUGUUUGUUUUUGAGGUUUUUUUUUUUAAACGUUUCUAUUCGAGCUGUAGGAAUCACAUGUGGAGGAGGUGUAGACAAAUGAUGGACUGUUUCAGAUCGAGACUCUUCCAAGAGGUCGCUGGUCAAAGUUAAGCGCUCCCAGAAAAACCCCUCAGCGUCAUGCUGAAGUCCUCCACUCAUGUUGAUUUGAGGGCUUCUCCAUCUCUUCCCAAGCUUUUGAAGUACUGCGUACGCCAUGAUAAACUGCUUACUUGCUGUAGACACACAAUGCCAAACUUCUACACACUUAACACGCACAUCCACAUUACAGCAGUUUGUGUUUUCAUCUUUUAACCCCAGCAGAUGGACUCCAGCUGUGUGCCUGUAUGUGUUUCAAAGCUUCGUGAUUGUGAUUCAGGCUGAAGACAGCAGGACUAAGAACUGAGAACUCGACUCACAAACUCUUGAGUGUUACACAUCUCCGUUGCUUGGUUACGAUCUCAUCUCGACUCUCAUUAUCACAUUUCAGGUGAUGUCUCCAAAACAACAUCACUGACAUUCUCACCCCGUGCCAGCUUGAGGCUUCAGGUCCACCUGAGUUAUAUUACUGGUAGAGACGUGACAUCAUCACCUGAUGUAAGAGGAGACUGUAUGUUACUGGCUGGAGUGACCUGACCUUCAUGGUUCAGACUGUCCAUGUUGAGUUAUUGUUUGACAUCAUAUCGACAAAUGGGUCAAUUCCAGAAAUUGCACCUUUUGUCAUUUUUUGUUCUUCGCAUUUCGUUCCUUUUGACAGUGUUGAUUCGUUUGUAUAUUGAGUAAAUGAGAAUAUUUUGAAUGAAGGAAAAACAAAUUGUUUUAUCCAACCUACCCUUCUUGUGGCUAUGGUAACCCUCGAUGGUUACUGGCGAUGGGAGCAUUAGGGAAUUUAAUUAUGGUGGUUUUGAUUUCCCUUAACGGUUCCAUUGAUAACUCCUUUAGUACUUCUGAGGAAGACAUAUUUGAGAAAAAUAAGUGCAAUUUUUAUUGCAUCACUGUCCUCGUCAAUCUGUUGCCAAAGGCUUUUUGAAUGGUAGCAUAAAUUAAAUCCAAUAAUUAGAACUAACCAUGUAUUUAAAAGACUAAACGUCACAAAUGUGGUGAAAUUUCCUAUUUUCAUAGUUUUUAACAGUUUUUAUAAAACAUGACCAAUUACAAAUAAAGAAUAUUCAUCUGCACAUUGUCAUAUGAACCCUAAAUCAACAACUGUCUUGCAAAAUAAUGUUUUAUUAUUAUUAUUGUUACUAUUCACUUAAAUAAAACUAUUCAGAAUCAUUUGUUUCAGUCAGAAUCAGACUGUGUACAUGUUUGAAGAGCUAAAUAGAGAUUUAAUUGAACCCUUUAAGUGGCCCACCAAGAAAAAACAUUUUGGAUUGGAUUUCUUAAAUCUUAAUGUCACUAUUUAACACAGCCUAGAAUUUCUAAAAUAUCAGCCUCUACCAAAUGCUAGAUA